CAGCAUAAAGAAGCAAACCACACCGGACAACCCUGUAUGUAUGUUUACGAAAUGUAUGAUAAUUAACUUGAAUAAUAAAAACGAUCAUGUAAAAUACUUUAUUAUUUCAUGCAAUAUAUAUUCUACGAAUUCAAAAAUGUAAAACCCCUCAUAAAUGCUUAUCUCCAAUGCUUUAAAUACGGCAUGCAUUUUAUCACUAUUGUCAGUGUUUCAAGAAUCACAAUACAAGCAACAUGAAGUUUGUGUUCGUUCUCUUGAUAGCAGUUCUGUUAAUACAAGGCCAAUUCACAGAGGCCUCAAGAGAUGCAGGUCCACAUGGAGCUAAUCGAGGCAACUCAGGCGGAAAAAGCUCAGGAGGAAAAAGCUCAGGAGGAAGCAAUGGAAAUGGUGGACAUAGUGGCGGUCGCGGAAAUGGAAAUGGGGACAGAGGAAUAGCUUAAUUGAAAAUAUUGAAUCAACCAUGAUGACACACAUGUAUAUAGUUGUAUAUUGUUAUAAUAUGGAUAAUUUUGAUUGUAUUAUUAAUAUAUAUUAAAUGGAAGUAAGCAAGUCA